AUGAUCAAAGCAGUCUGUAUCAUCAACAAUCACGGCAAACCUCGAUUGGCCAAAUUCUAUCAAUCGGUCGAAAGUGAAGCCCUCCAACAAACGGUCAUUCGACGCAUUUACCAACAAGUGGCACAACGAGACGAUACCUUUUGCAAUUAUCUAGAAGGAAUUGUACCAGAGUUAGGAGAUAAUGUCAAACUCAUUUAUCGACAUUACGCGACACUUUAUUUUGUCUUUGCCGUUGAUUCGCAAGAAUCGGAUCUUGGGAUUCUAGAUCUGAUUCAAGUCUUUGUGGAGAGUUUGGACAAAUGCUUUGAAAAUGUCUGUGAACUGGAUCUCAUCUUUCAUUCCGACAGGGUCCACUAUUGCUUAGAUGAAAUUGUCAUGGGAGGGAUGGUUCUGGAGACCAAUAUUGGUGCCAUUCUACAGUCCAUCAAGGACCAAACCAAAUUACACAAGGAUAGUCUGUCCAAGGCAGAUGCCAAUGAAUCAUCCUCGGCGAUUCGGGAAAGAAUUGGCACCGAACAGAGUACUUGGCAAUAUAAUUGGUAG